AUGAUUAUCGCUGGCUCCACGGCCCUGUCAAGGUCGUCGUGAGCGUGGUGAAGAACCCCAGAAGACGACGCCUAGCAGCAGAGCCAGAAUCCGUCGAGCUUUCCGAGCUUUCGCAGGCACAGUUUGUUAAUCAGCACAACCAGUAUAAUCAGCACAACCAGUAUAAUCAGCACAACCAGUAUAAUCAGCACAACCAGUAUAAUCAGCACGACACUGCUACCGCCACUGCUACUUCUUCCGAUGCUGCGACACAACGGAAUGAGGCAGGGACGCCAAGCCGAGACAACGAUGCGGAAACUCUUCCGGUUACUGAGAACGGGCAUCCAGAGACCGAGUCGGAACCCCGCAUUGUCCCACCAGAACGCAGUCUCAAUUUCUCCUGGACCUUCGGCCUCGGCAUAAUUGUCUUUUUCCUCAUUACUUUCGUCGUUCUCAUGGUCCUGCGCGGCGUGUUGCCUGUCAAAUCGCUCCUCUUCAGCUUCUUCGCAAAUAUGUACCUUGCAGGAACUAUCAUCUUCGGCGGAGGUCCCGUCGUCAUCCCCCUACUCCGCGAAUACGUCGUCGCCGAAGGCUGGGUUAGCCCGCGAGACUUCCUCAUCGGCCUAGCUAUUCAGCAGAGCUUUCCCGGUCCCAACUUCAACUUCGCCGUGUACCUUGGCGCCCUGACUGCAAUCAACGGGGGUUACAACUCGGCUGCAGGGGCUGCACUAGGAUUUAUUGGCAUCUUUGCCCCAGGCCUCAUUACCGUUCAUGGCACCAUGGGCAUAUGGAGUGCUAUCCGCGGCCUUAGAUAG